AUGGAACCUUCGUCCUCCGGUGGCCUAGAAUCAGGGAGCCCGCCCUCGACAUCGAGCCCUGCCGAGGCCGACGACUUGUUCGAAUGCUGCGUUUGCUUGUAAAUUCGAACAUUUCAAUGCUCUCUGUAAAUAGAUACACGGUUAUACAUGUUCCUUGGAUUCCUUCAACCUGUAUCUCUCUCCGCAGGGAGACUUAUUUUUCUUUGAUUUUAUCGAUGAUGGUUUUGCGUUAGAAGGGAAUUUCACUUGUUUUCCUUUCAGGGUAUUUGCCUCCUCUUUGGUCAUAUUUAUAUCGUUUCUCUUGUUUCCAGAAUUUCCUUCGUAGGUCAAUCAGAUUCUGCAUUCCCUUGUUAUCGAGGCCCCGAGCACUUUGUUUUCUUCGCCUUUGAUCGCGGAAAAACUAAUCCCUUGACGUUGAUUUUGUUAAUAUAUUCAGAGGCUGUAGUCUCAGGUUAUUGGUCCUUUUGGAAUCAGGGAUAUGAAACGUUCUCUUGAUACCCUACUAUGCUAUUUUUGAGUCGGAAAGAAAAUUAGGAGCAAACAAGGUAGACGUAUAAUUCGCACAGUGCUUACUGCAAUGAUUCGUUUCUGAUGUAGGUUUAUGUCAAAGGAAGUAUACUGAACUGAAACUGAUCUCAUCUACAAAUGAGACCUUGCAACGGAUUACUUUCAAUUAACUCUAUGGAUCAAGAACUAAAUGAUAGCAACUAGAUUUCUUACGUUUUUUAACAAGAUGAGGCAAAACUGCUUGUUAAUAUCGAUCCAUUUCUUGGCUUAGGUAACCCUUUCGUCUAACAAUCAGCAAUAAUCAAAUGCUCUGGAAACAACUAAUUUUGUUAUCAAAAUAAGUUAUAUGAAUUUUUCAUAUAAAUUUCAUCCAGGAUUCUUAUAGACUGACUCUCUUUGGCUUUUUGGUCCUAGUGUUAUUUUUGGAAUCAUCUGUGAAUAUGAUUUUAACAACAAUAUAUUGUCUGUCUGUGUGCUAUAGUCAUUAAAACUGCUAUAGAAGAGAACCUUGGGGUUGUUUCCAAGUUUCGGGACAUCAUCAUCAUGGACCCAUGCUAGCUCUACCUUGAAAUAAACAAUGUGUCAUCCAUUCAUGACCCUCCCUAGAAAAUCACAGCUCCAUUCAUUCUUUUGUUGUACGAAUCUCCCCUGAUGGCAUUCAUUGGUUCUUUAUCUUUCUAUCCAUAUUAUUACGGGCUCUUUAAUUUUGUAGUUCCUUGUGAUCAUCCAACGAUUGCUUGAACAUGGUGAGAAGGAUAGGUGGCUGCAGUUGCUCUCGGUGCUCCACUAUGUUGACAAUGUGUUCACUUUCUUGGUCCAUAUUCAUGAGCAAGAUAUCGUUUCGAGCUCUAUAUUCCUAACUACAGGACCUAUCAUCCUAUGGAGUUUCCGAGAUUGAAGUCAAAAUAUACAUGACACGUACACCACUGUUUGAAUUUUAAUUCAAUAAUAGCUCUGGAAACUACGCACUGAGAAGAAAAAACAAAUGCGCGUCACUAGAUGCUUAGUGUUUUUUACUUUAUUAACUUCAGUUACCCUUCUUCUUUUUUUUCCCCUCCCUUUGAUUUAUCAACCGCAGUUCCUCCCCCUGUGGUACUAGUUCAUCACGUUCCUCUCUCUCUCGCUCUCGCUAAAAUUUAGUAUAUGUUUGGUUAUGCAAAACACAGUGAACCUCAUUCCUAAUAGCAUAGAAAUUUAGGAGCAAAAAAUCGCUAUUUCUGGAAAAUAUUUUCAUACCGAUUGAAAUCGUUGACACUGUUUGGCGGUCAUGUCUUCGGUCUUCCUUUCUAUUUUAUGGAAACAUCCUCACUCAUAAUAACAGAAAUUUCAUCUGAAAAAGAAAGAAAUUAUGUCUCGAUGACAUCUUCUGUACUUCGAUAUUUUCUCUGAACCUCUCACCAGUACUGUCAUCCUUUUGUUUCUUAUUUAUUUAUUUUUUUUUCUUGAUUUUAAGUAAAUUUUGAUGGCUUCUACCCUGCCCUUGAGAGAUAUUGGGACUAAUCUUAAUGCUUCCCUUCUGUUUCAGGGAUCUCAUUUAUAAGCCAGUCGUUCGUGGUCAGAACUGUUUGUGGUGCCUCGAAUUCCGAAUAUCUGUUAAGGACUUCAUUUGA